AUGGGACCGUAUUUAAAGUUAUGCCUGUGGGAGCUCGGAGGAAGCGAGAGCAAGCAUCGAAUGAAGCGAAACGGCAUCAAACAGACUGGAAGUCUCGUCUGGACCCCCAUCAGCACGGAUCCGAUUAAUAAUUGUUUGUUCGUUGACUUCUUCUUACCAAACUGGGUUGCGACAGAACCAAACCUGCACACGGGUGUCUUGAGGAGGGAGCUAGAUAGCCACAUAUAUGCCACACAUGUCCAGAGCUGCGAGGUCAGGUCCGUGAGCGAAUGGCCAAGCAAGCAAAACGCCCCAGCCACUAAAUAUGACUUCUCCAAUCUGUCAACCCUUCAAGCCACAAAGCCAAGAGAUAACAGCACGGAUGGUCGGUGCUGGUUCGCCCCGUGCUCGUAUCCUGGGUCGACGCCCAAGAGGUCUAGCCUGAGCUUGUCAACCACCAGCCGACUUGGGGUCUGUGCAGUUCAGUCGGGCCUCUCGAUGCCGGGAGGGUUCGCCCGCACCUGGACAAACUGGGACGAUGACAACGGACCCCUGUGGAAAAUCCGAUUUGACAAAAUGACGGUCAACAUGCAAAUGAGAAACUGA